ACUCAUCGAUGCUCAACACAACAUCGACAAUCCAUCACACUUACCAUGUCCGCAGUUAGCUGACAAACAGCCAUGUCUCCAUCUUCGUCGGCGGCAGCGAUGCCGAGUCACGUUCGCAAUCGAGGAUCGUCAAACGCAACUCCAGUGCCUGACGCAUCAAUCAAACCAUCAAGAAUAUCAUCAAGACCAGGUUCACCGGCCGGGCUUUUUCAAGACCCAUCAGUGCCUGUGCCAAACUACACUGUGUUCAUCAGACUUCCAUUCAAUAGGGGAGAGUUUCGCGAUCCUGCACCUACAAACUGGACCGCCGCCAAGGACCGACAACUAUGGAAGCUGAUCUCGAAAUCACACUCUGGAGAUCUAGAUUGGGAGGGUUUGAGUCAAGAUUUUGAUGUCGAGCUAAACUUUCUGCUCAUGCAAGCGGCUUGGCUGUCGGAGCGGCACAUGGAGAGAAUGAGGCGGCAAAUGACCAGGGUGGGCGGCGGUGGAGCUGGAGAGGGAGGAGCUGGAAGUGGAACGGCAAGUUCGUCAGGUGGCGUGAAGAUGGAGAGGACUGCGAGUCGAGAAUCAAAGUUGCAAUCCGGAUCGACUACCACCGCAGUCCGUCGAGGCAGUCCAUCAUUUCCGUUAUCCUCAGAAGUACCAGCCUCGCCCGUCAUAGAUGAACCAAAGUCCGGAGUGCCUCCAAUUUCCAGAACGCCGUCCUCGGCGACAGUGACACAAAGCAAAGUCACGGGAUCCCGACAACAGCAACCACGAUCACGAGGCCUGAGAGGGUCUAGCGGUUCAACAAGAAAAGCUCCUGUGGCAGCAGCGGCUGCUGAUAUCGUUGCCUCAUCCAAGCACGAGCACUACGAAGAUGCUUUGGAGCACGAAGGGCGUUCGGACUCUGAUUCAGGAGACGAGCCGCCUUCUGCACUUGCACGCAGCCAAGCGUUCCGGCGCCCGCCACCAGGAAAGAAAGCGAAGUCGACACUCGCGGACCUCGCAUCUGAAGGCGACGACGAUAGAGAUGAUGACGACGAUGAUGAUGACGAUGCAAGUUCGAAUGGAGGGUACUUACCCUUCGCCGCGGCAUCAAAGCCGGACCCAGCAGCAACACUGCGAAUUGGUUCUCCAAAACGCAGACCAGCGCAACCCGCUGCAACGUCCACCACAACCACUCCUGCAGCCUCCUCGAAUCCUCGCUCAAGACCUCCCAGAGAGCCACCAGCCCGGUCAAACACAAAUCCAGAAUCCUCUCAAUCCUCAACUCAUUCCUCAUCUGUCGCCCCAGGCCCGACUCCAUCGAAGAUGACCCGGCAACCCUCUCAACUCUCCUCCGCUCCCUCAUCCUCCGAUAAUCCCUCACAACAGAAUGCCCGCCGUGCAUCUUACGAUUCAGCCUCGCCGGCUCUCCGCCCUGCGCAUCCUCUCUCACCACGGCAUCGUGCCCAGCUCGCAAGUCUGAGUCCUCGAAGCCGGAAAGACGGCAGUGAAGGCUCACCGAGCAUGGGUAGUUCGUUCUCGGAUCUAGAUGAUACGAGCGUGACGCAAAGUGCAUUGGAGGAGGCGCUUUUGAGCAAUAUGAGAGCGCAAGGAGGGAGUACGAUGGCGAGUCGGAUGAGCAGUUUGAGGGACGCGUUAGGGAGGAGGGGCGGAUGAGAGUAGACGUUAAGGAGAGUGUAUUGCAUUGCAGAAGAUCUUAUUGGCGAUUGAGCGAGCAUAUCUUAUGUCAUUAUAGGGUUGAUAUAGAUUGGAUAGCGGGC